CUUCAUGCGGAGAGAGAGAGUGUGAGAGUGCAUAAAAGAACUGUAAAAUAGACCCACCAAGAAAAGAAAACAAAAAAAGCUUGAAUCUUUUUGACUCCAAAUUAAACAAAUCUUUGAUUUUGCAUUGACCCUUUCUUUCUUUUUUUUUUUUUUUUGGCUUUCACGGAUUUUGAAUCCACAAGAAGCCAACUCCUAAUGUCUUUGAAGAACAGAGGAGAUUACUAUUUUACUCCAAGAAAUGUAAUUUAUAGAAACUCUGUAUUUCUCUUGUGCCUCGCAAGUUUUUGCCUUGGAAUGUUCUUCACUAACAGGAUGUGGAAUGUACCUGGAGCUAGAGGCAUAUCAAGACUAUCCAAACUAAGCUUAAGUUCCAGUAAUUGUUAUAGAAAGAAUGUUUUGGACUAUGAUAACAACACUAUCGGGAUCUUAGAUAAAUCCAUAUCAAAUUUAGAGAUGAAGUUAGUAGCUGCUAGAGCCGAACGCGAGUCACUGUCCGGGAAUUUCAACAUUUCCAAUGAAGCCAAGAAAAGAAAGUACUUCAUGGUUAUCGGUAUUAACACGGCCUUUAGUAGUCGUAAGAGACGUGACUCGGUCCGGUCAACAUGGAUGCCACAAGGAGAGAAGCUUAAGAAACUUGAAGAAGAGAAAGGCAUCAUUGUUCGCUUUGUUAUAGGACACAGUGUGUUGUCUCGUGGAAUUCUUGAUAAAGCUAUUGAAGCAGAAGAGAAAAUACAUGGAGAUUUCUUGAGACUGGAACAUAUUGAGGGUUACAUGGAGUUAUCCGCCAAGACAAAGACGUUUUUCGCUACCGCUGUUUCCUUGUGGGAUUCUGAAUUCUACAUUAAAGUUGAUGAUGACGUUCAUGUAAAUCUUGCCUUGAUCUGUUUUUUUUUUUUUUUUUUNACUUUAUCCACACAGAGAAACAAGCCUCGGGUUUAUGUUGGUUGCAUGAAGUCCGGCCCCGUCCUAGCCAGAAAGAGUGUGAAGUACCAUGAACCGGAGUAUUGGAAGUUUGGAGAGGUAGGGAACAAGUAUUUCCGCCAUGCCACGGGACAGUUUUACGCCAUAUCUAAAGAUCUAGCUACUUACAUAUUGAUAAACCAGGAUUUACUGCACAAGUAUGCGAAUGAGGAUGUUUCGUUGGGAUCUUGGUUCAUCGGACUGAAUGUAGAACAUGUUGAUGAGAAAAAACUCUGUUGCAGUACUUCUCCUCAUGAUUGUGAACUAAAAGCAGUGAUGGGCAGUGUUUGUGCUGCGUCGUUUGACUGGAAAUGCAGCGGAAUCUGUCGGUCGGCCGAGAGGAUGGCAGACGUUCACGAACGUUGUGGGGAACCUCAAAAUGCGUUAUGGACGUUAACUUCCUGAAAACAAAAUUUCUUAAUGGGUAAACUUGCUAAUAUUAAUUAAGUUGGAGUUUAUAAUUCCAGUAAGCUAAUUUUUUGAAGGAAAAAAAAAAGGAGUGAAAAUAAUUCAAGACUAUACUAUUUUUUUUAUUUUUGGGUGGGGGUGGGGUUAUACAGUUAGUAGGGUUUUGGUCAGAAAAUAAAUAAAUGGUAUGCAAAAAAUAGUUAGUGAAGUAGUUUAAUGAGAGACAAAGAAAUAAUGUGUUGGUCACAUUUGGUUUGUCCUAUGACAGACAGAGAGUCCUUAUUGUUGUGCUUUUCUAUUAAAUUCCACAUGUCCUUUUGUUUUUGCAUCCUCAUUAAAUCGUUAUUGGACUCCUUUUGUGCUUUUCUAAAUCAUAUUUUGUGUUGAUAA